AUGACAGAAGUAACAGCAACAGAAAACAAUAGUGGUAGCAAUAGCGAACAACAACAACAUUUGUUGGUUGUCGAUCAAGAUGAUGAACAACAGAGUUUUAUGAACAAUUGCAAGAUGCUCUCGAGUUCGAGUCGUGCCGCGCGAAAAGCGGCCGUCGACGAGUUGGUGCGUCAACCGCCAACCACCAUCGACGGACUGGAAUCACUGGUCGACGCAUACUUUAAUACACUAUCACAAGAAGAUAUUACACAGGUUUUGAAUGUUAUUCUUGAAUAUGUCAGUUUCGAUUUGUCGACUUUGACAAAGACUCAGUUGAUUCCAAUGUUGAUCCCAGUGUUCCAAGUGACAACAAUCAAUAAGAAACUAAUUAAAAAUGUAUUCAACAUUGUUACAAUCAAAACAAAGGAAGCUAAAGUAAUUCUAUCUUCAAUCGAUGACAUCGUCAAAGGAUUUACCACACCAGGUAAUCUUCAUGUUAAAUUAAACACAAUCUAUGCAUUGAGUUCAAUAAUGGUUAAUGGUUACGAAUUAAAUGAAAAGUUGGCAAUUGUUAAGUCAAUUCUUACUCCACUGACUGCUUAUCUUGAAAAAGAAUGUAGAACUCAAAAGAGUGACCAGAUCACCAAGCUCGUAGCCAGCGUCAUCCAGUCACUCAAGUUGUUGAAUGCCAAGGCCAACGAUCGUACCGCCUACCAAUCGAUCGUUCAGCUCUUGCUCCACUCCCAAUGGAAGACAAGACGUGCCGCCAAACAAGCAAUUCAUCAACUCUACCAACACAAUCCAGAACUUUCCAACAUCUUUUUUGCAGAGUUUUCAAAGUUGGUGGAAUCCCAUUCAAAUAUCAAUAAUAAUAAUAAUAACAAUAAUAAUAAUAAUAAUAGUAAUACACAAUUGACCAAUGAUAUUUAUAGUUCAGCUUUGAAAGCUACAUUAUCAAGAUCAUCAUUCGAUGCCAAGAACUAUCCUGCUUUGGCGCUGCUCGCCAAUCAUCCGCUGGUCGGUGGUUGCUGGGUGGAUUGUCUCACUCUACUGGGAACAAGCACUCGUGAGUUGUUCGCCAGUCAUUUGGAUAUGGCUCGUGACGUCGUACAGUAUCUGUUUGCCCACGGUUUGAAUAACCGUCGUUCCGUCCUCUACCAACAGGCUUUCCAAGCGGCAAUGACUACGUUCUCGCGUGUCAAGUGUGCUCAGGUCGUGGAGAAUGCUGUUCCACACUUUAUUCGUGCAUUGCAGUUGUCGACUAUCAACGGUCUCACUCCACUCCAGCUGGCCAUCCACGCUGCCGAGGAGGGUGUACUCUACCAGGAGAAACCACUCGUAGACGAGAAGGCGCUGGCCGAGCAGGAGCGUAUCGCCUCUGAGAUUCGUCGUGGAAAGACCGCCAAGAAGAAGACCGCCGAAGAGGAGAAAGCUGAGGAGUUGAAGCGUCGUGCCGAGGAGAAGAGAAAGAAGGAGAGUGGUGAAGACGAACGUCUCGAGAAGGAGAAACAACGUCAGAUUGCCGAGCAGUCGGUCGUGCGUCGUGAAGUCACCACCACCAUCAGAAUCUUCCAGAUUGCACUGGACGCCGUCACAACAAUGGCAAAAGCAUCGCCACUGUUUGCCGGUGAGUAUCUCUCGAUUCUCUACUUGCCAAUCUUGGAUCUCUUUAAGAAUUCGAUCGUUGGCGACUGGGCACAGACUACCUACCGCUCACUGACCAUCUGUGUUCCAAGACGUAUCAAACUGGAACAAUACUACGCCAUGAUGGUUACCUACUUGAUCAGCAACAUCUACGCCACCCCGGUGUUGUCAGACAUUGCGAUUCUCUCUGGAAUCCAAAAGGUGCUCGUCAACGUCAAGGAGCUCUCCAAGUCGGAGCCACUUCCAGCGUCGGCCUUCAACUUUUUCUGGCCAAUCAUCAAGAACGGACUGGAAAAGACCGUUUCCUACACCAUCCAAGAGCUUUCAAUGGAAAUCAUUGAGAGACACACUCUCCAAGGACAACCGUAUCCACGUGGAUCCAUGAUUGCCUCGCUCAUUGUUGUGGUUGCCACCUCGACACGUCUCGAGACACAGGCACGUGCAUCGAUCUUCCAGAUCAUCAACGGUGUCGAAGAAUCCGACAUCAAAGAGCUCAUGGAAGGAUUGAUCUCGCCACACCAACAGGUCCGAUCGAUCUGUCUGCAGGGUGUCGAAAAGAUUCCGGCCAUCUACCAGCCAUCGUUCCAAUGGGAGGACGACUACAUCGGAAAGUUGUGGUUUGUCAAGCACGAUCCAGAGUCAUCGGUCGCUCAGCUUGCCGACAAGAUCUGGGUAGCUACCAACCAACAGCCACCAGUCAACCGCUACCUUGAGAUCCUCAACAAGUCGAUCUACAGCGUUCACGACGAAGUGCGUAAGCUCAACAUUGUCGCACUCACUGCCGCAGCCAAGCUGGACACUUCCUCCAUUCGCACCUACGCUAUUGAACCAUUGAUUAAAGCCUACGUCGAUAAUGUAGCUGUCGAUAUUAAGGAUUCAAGAGAGAUGAUUCACAAUCGUCGUUCUAUCAUUCGUGCACUCUCAGGUGUCGGUGCCGCCAUCUCAUCGCCAGAGGACGUCUCGCUGUUGUUCGAGUGGAUUAUCAACUCUGGACUCUACGAUUCCAAGCCUGAGGUCGUUCAAGAGGUUAUCCAAGCUGGAAUGACCAUUAUUGCAGGUGUCGGUGACAAGUUCAGUUCGGAACUCUUGAAGAUUUUCGAGGGAUUCUUGUCGCGUCCAGACUCUGGAACCGGAGACGAAGACAGUAUCCGUGCUUCCGUAGUCGUGCUGAUGGGUGCACUCGCCAAGCACAUGGACGACACCAAUCCAAAGGUUGUCGUCAUCUUGGACAAACUUAUCCAAGCGCUGUCCACACCCUCAGAAGACGUACAACAAACCAUCUCCAAGUGUCUCACUCAACUGUUGUCCCACUUCAAGAAGCAAGGUGAACGUAUCAUCCCGGUGUUGUUGAACAACAUCAAGAUGGGAGCAGACUAUGCCGAUCGUAAGGGUAAUGCUUUCGGUUUGGCAGGUGCAAUCAAAGGUCUUGGAAUCUCAUCAUUGAAAGCCUACAACAUCAUGGCGACACUCACUGGAUUCGUCGAGGACAAGAAGCAUCCAAUCUCACGUCAAGGUUCACUGUUUGCAUUCGAAUGUCUUUGCAAUACUCUCGGUCGUGUAUUCGAACCAUACGUUAUCCAAAUUAUUCCAAAGUUGCUCGUCUGCUUUGGUGACAGUAGCGCUGAGGUUCGUCUUGCCACCUCGGAGACUGCGCGUGCCAUUAUGUCGCAGCUCUCUGGACACGGUGUCAAGAUUGUGUUGCCAGCACUCCUAAAGGCGUUGGACGACCGUCAGUGGCGUACCAAAGAAGGAUCGAUCGAGUUGCUCGGUGCCAUGGCAUUCUGCGCACCCAAGCAGUUGUCAGCAUGUUUGCCAACCAUCGUGCCAAAGCUCACCAACGUCCUCAACGACACUCACAUCAAAGUACAAGAAGCAGCCAAAGAGGCACUCUCUCACAUCGGUUCCGUCAUUAGAAAUCCAGAGAUUCAAAUCCAUGUUCCACUGUUAUUGAAAACCUACAACGACCCAGACCUCUACUCACGUGAACUUCUCGAGAAUCUUCUCAAUACCAACUAUAUCCAUACUAUCGAUCCAGCUUCAUUGUCGUUGAUGAUGCCAAUUCUCGAGAGAACCUUGAAGGAGCGUAGCUCAGAGAUCAAGAAAAUGACUUGUCAGAUCGUAGGUAAUCUCUGCUCGUUGACCGAUCCCAAGGAGUUGAUUCCAUAUCUCGCCGUUCUCAUGCCAACCCUCCAGAAUGUAUUGCUUGAUCCAAUUCCAGAGGUUCGUGCUAUCUGUGCUAGAGCGCUCGGUUUGCUCGUUCGUGGAAUGGGUGAGGAGAAUUUCACUACUCUUGUGCCAUGGUUGUUGGAGACUGUCAAGUCGGAUGUCGGGCCAGUAGAACGUUCCGGUGCCGCUCAAGGUCUCUCCGAAGUACUUGCUUCCCUCGAUAUUUCGAGAUUCAACAAUCUCAUUAAUGAGCUUCUAACAAUGGCUAACAGUCCACGUUCACACGUACGUGAGGGUGUCAUGUCGAUGUUUGUUUUCUCGCCAAUCUCGUUCGGUGAUUCCUUCCUUCCAUACUUGCCACGUGUACUCCCACAGGUACUCAAGGGUUUGGCAGACGAUUCCGAUCCGGUUCGUGAGGUCUGUAUGCGUUGUGGUCAAUCGAUUAUCACUCAAUUCGCUGUCACUGGUAUUGAGGUCAUUGUUCCAUCGUUGGAGCGUGUACUCUUCCAUGAGAACUGGCGUAUUCGUUUGUCUUGUGUCCAAUUGUUUGGUGAUCUUUUGUUCAAGCUCGGUGGAUCGAGUUUGGGUGAUGUCCAAUCGCAACUCGCCGAACAACAACAGCGUGAGCAACAACAGAAAGAACAACAGCAAUCGACAGCCAAGAUGUCAAAGAAAGAAAGAGCUGCCGCUGCCAAAGCAAGAGCUGCUUCCGGAGAGGACGGUGGCGACGACGAAGAGGAAACCAACGAAUCACAAACCAAGAAUGAGAUCUACACAUUGCUUGGAAAGGAUCGUUUGGAUCGUAUCUUAUCUUCGUUGUACAUGAUGCGUUUCGAUAACAACAUCUCUGUGCGUCAAAAGGUGUUGUUGAUCUGGAAGUACGUUGUUGAUAACACACCAAAGACAUUGCGUGAGAUUCUUCCAACUUUGAUCGAGAUGAUCAUCUCCUCGAUUGGUUCAUCCAACAUUGACAAGAGACAAAUCGCCGCUCGUACUCUUGGUGACGUUGUUUCCAAGCUUGGAGAUCGUAUUCUCCCAGAGAUUCUCCCGAUUUUGGAGCGUGGAUUGCUCUCAAAGGAAGAGGAAACUCGUCAAGGUGUAUGCAUUGGUCUCACCGAAGUCAUUUCCUCGGCUCGUACUCAACUCCAGCCAUAUCUCCCAUCGGUUGUCCACUGUAUCACCCGUGCGCUUUGCGAUCCAUUGAUCGACGUGCGUGAAGCCGCUGCCAAGGCAUUCGACCAACUUCACAACACCUUCUCUGCCAAGGCCAGCAAUGAAAUCUUGCCCUCCCUCAUUGCCAAGCUCGACAGCGCCGAUGCCAAUCUCGCCAAGUACUCACUCGAUGGUCUCCGUCAGAUCGUCCUCAUCAAGUCGUCGAUUGUUCUUCCAUUCAUCGUUCCCAAGAUGUUGUCGCGUCCCAUCUCCACCUCCAACGCUCAGGCUUUGGCUUCGCUCUCGUCGGAUGCCGGACACGGUUUGUACACUCAUUUGCCAACUAUGAUCCCAGUGUUGAUUGAGUCGUUCACCGCUUCUGACAUUGCCAACUCCAAGGAGAUCAAGGCAGCUGCCGUAUCGAUUUGCAAGUCUAUCGACGACGAAGGUCUGGAGAUUGUCAUUCCAUUGCUCAUUGAGCAGACUGAAGCUGGAUUGCCAUCGAUCCGCCUCGGUGCUUGUGAGUUGAUCGGUGAGUUCUGUAGUGGAACCACUCUUGAUUUCGAGGAUUACAUCGAUGAUUUGAUUAUUGCUUUGUUGAGAUUGUUCAAUGACUCUGACAAGUCAGUGUUGGUUGCCGCCAACCACGCACUCUUGGCCAUCACCAAGACACUCAAGAAGGACAACCUCCGUUUCUUGCAAUCCGUACAAAGGGGAGUCGAAGAGUUGGAGUCCGAGGUCGAUCCAGUCACCAAAACCAUUCCAGCAUUCUGCAUUCCAAAGGGUUUGGCAUCGGUUCUCCCCAUUCUCCUCAAUGGUUUGCGUUACGGUACUGCCGACCAACGUGAGCUUGCCACCAACACUUUGCACACCGUCAUCAGUCUCACUUCGCAAGACGGUGUCAAGGCAUCGGCUAUGGAGAUGACCGGUCCACUCAUUCUCACCAUCGGUGACAAAUUCCCACACGGUGUCAAGAGUGCCAUCCUCCAGACCCUCUCGGCACUCAUUGUCAAGUGUCCGACCUCAAUGAAGAUCUUCUUGCCACAACUCCAACCAACCUUUAUCAAAGCUUUGGCCGAUCCACACAAGAAUGUUCGUAACCACGCCGCCAGUGCUCUCGGUUUGCUCAUGACACUCAGUCCAUCCGUCGACCAAUUGGUCAACUCACUGAUCCUCGGUAUCUCAACGACCGACAGCACCUCACAGGAAGUCAAGCUCAAAGCAUUGCAAUCGAUAUUCGAGAAGAAACCAAAGAUCGACCAAGCCAAUCUCGACAAGACUCUCAUUGCCAUCUACGAUUUCUUGUUCAGCCAGUCUGACGAUCUCAAGCAUCUCGCCGCUCAAGUUAUUGGUGCCGCUUCCAAGUGUUUCACAUCCACAGACUCACUCAACCAAUUUAUCAAGUCACAACUUCUCAGUCCAUCUGGAACCGUCGUUGUCCGUUACGGUAAAUCAUUGACACUCGCCGAAGUCGUCAAGGUUUCCGGCUCGGAAAUCACCUCGUCGCCAAACAUCAAUCAAAUCAUUUCGACUUGCCAAGUCGAUCUCAAGGACGAGAAAGCACCAAUCAGAGAAUCCGCUGCACUCCUCGCCGAGUACAUCUUGCGUGCUUCACCAUCGCACGUCGCAGAUCUCCUGCCAAAUCUCAGUCAGUUGAUUAGCGACCCAGCCUCAACAGUCGCCAUCAACACACUCAAUAUCAUUAAGCGAUUCAGCAAGGCACAUCCAUCGGUCGUUCGUCAGUACCUCCACCUCAUCGUUCCACCCACCAUGAUCAGACUGAAAGAAAGAACCAACCUCCCACUCAAACUCUCUUGCGAACGUACAUUGGUACACGCACUCCAAAUCUUUGAAGAAUCAGCUGUCAUGGACGACUAUCUCAAGACAGUGACCGACACCACCCUCACCAACUCAUUGUUAGAUUAUCACAAGAGAAUCUUGAUAAAGUUAGCUCCUGAUUCAGAGAAUGAAUCUCAAUAUUAA